CUAGGCUGGGCGCCGGCGGGCGGGCGGAGACGGACCCGGGAUCUGUCCGAGCAGGAAGCUAGCAGCAGGAUCCCGGUCGCCGCCGCCCCGUCUCAGAGCUUGUCCACGUCGUCGCCCUUUUCACUCCAUUUCAUCACCUUUCACCCCGCCCUCCACCUCUCCGGCCACAGGUAGCCUCCCCGCCGCGCACCUGCCCCAGCAUCCGCACCGGAGAUAGUGGACACUCCUUUCAAAAAUGGAGGAUGGAAAGCCCGUUUGGGCGCCACACCCCACAGAUGGAUUUCAGAUGGGCAAUAUUGUAGAUAUUGGCCCUGACAGCUUAACAAUUGAACCCUUGAACCAAAAAGGCAAGACAUUUUUGGCUCUCAUAAACCAAGUGUUCCCUGCAGAAGAAGACAGCAAAAAAGAUGUGGAAGAUAAUUGUUCACUAAUGUAUUUAAAUGAAGCCACUCUUCUUCAUAAUAUCAAAGUUCGAUAUAGUAAAGACAGAAUUUAUACAUAUGUCGCCAACAUUCUGAUCGCAGUGAACCCAUACUUUGACAUACCUAAAAUAUAUUCUUCAGAAACAAUAAAGUCAUAUCAAGGAAAAUCUCUUGGGACCAUGCCACCUCAUGUCUUUGCAAUUGCUGAUAAGGCUUUUCGAGAUAUGAAGGUGCUCAAGAUGAGUCAGUCUAUCAUCGUAUCUGGAGAAUCAGGAGCUGGCAAAACAGAAAAUACAAAAUUUGUUCUAAGAUAUCUGACUGAAUCCUAUGGAACAGGCCAAGAUAUUGAUGAUAGAAUUGUUGAAGCUAACCCACUCUUAGAAGCCUUUGGAAAUGCAAAGACUGUUCGCAACAAUAAUAGCAGUAGAUUUGGAAAAUUUGUAGAAAUACAUUUCAAUGAAAAGAGUUCAGUUGUUGGAGGAUUUGUUUCACAUUAUCUUCUAGAGAAAUCGAGAAUCUGUGUUCAAGGCAAAGAGGAAAGGAAUUAUCAUAUCUUUUAUAGGUUGUGUGCUGGUGCUUCUGAAGAUACUAGAGAAAAACUUCAUUUGAGCUCUCCAGAUAAUUUUCGGUAUUUAAACCGAGGCUGCACUAGAUACUUUGCUAACAAAGAAACUGAUAAACAGAUUUUACAGAACCGAAAAAGUCCCGAGGAGGAUGAGUAUCUUAAGGCAGGUUCCUUGAAAGAUCCUCUGUUAGAUGACCAUGGAGAUUUUAUUAGAAUGUGCACAGCCAUGAAAAAGAUUGGUUUGGAUGAUGAAGAAAAGCUUGAUCUGUUCCGGGUAGUAGCUGGUGUCCUGCACCUUGGAAAUAUUGAUUUUGAGGAAGCCGGCAGCACUUCAGGUGGUUGUAAUCUGAAGAAUAAAUCUACUCAGGCGUUGGAAUAUUGUGCUGAAUUACUAGGUUUGGAUCAAGAUGAUCUUCGUGUAAGUUUAACUACAAGAGUCAUGCUAACAACAGCAGGGGGCACCAAAGGAACAGUUAUAAAGGUACCCUUGAAAGUGGAACAAGCAAACAAUGCUCGUGAUGCCUUGGCAAAGACUGUCUAUAGCCAUCUUUUUGAUCAUGUGGUAAAUAGAGUAAAUCAGUGUUUUCCUUUUGAAACAUCAUCUUAUUUUAUUGGAGUCCUAGAUAUUGCUGGUUUCGAGUACUUUGAACACAACAGUUUUGAACAAUUUUGCAUCAACUAUUGCAAUGAAAAACUUCAACAAUUUUUUAAUGAAAGGAUUCUGAAGGAGGAACAAGAACUCUAUCAAAAAGAAGGUCUAGGUGUUAAUGAAGUACAUUAUGUGGAUAAUCAGGACUGUAUAGAUUUAAUUGAAGCAAAAUUAGUGGGGAUAUUGGAUAUUUUAGAUGAAGAAAAUCGCCUUCCCCAGCCAAGUGAUCAACACUUUACAUCUGCAGUUCACCAGAAGCACAAAGAACAUUUCCGACUCACUAUACCCAGAAAAUCCAAGUUGGCAAUUCAUAGGAACAUCAGAGAUGACGAAGGCUUCAUUAUCAGGCAUUUCGCAGGGGCAGUGUGCUAUGAAACAACCCAAUUUGUGGAAAAAAAUAAUGAUGCUUUACAUAUGUCUCUUGAAUCCUUAAUAUGUGAAUCCAGGGAUAAAUUUAUACGAGAAUUAUUUGAAUCAUCCACAAAUAACAACAAAGAUACUAAACAAAAAGCAGGAAAACUUAGCUUCAUCAGUGUGGGAAACAAAUUUAAGACACAAUUAAAUCUGCUUCUGGAUAAACUUCGAAGUACUGGUGCAAGCUUUAUUCGUUGUAUCAAACCUAAUUUAAAGAUGACAAGCCACCACUUUGAAGGUGCCCAAAUUUUGUCUCAACUUCAGUGUUCAGGUAUGGUGUCUGUUUUGGACUUAAUGCAGGGUGGUUUCCCAUCACGAGCUUCCUUUCAUGAACUCUACAACAUGUAUAAAAAGUAUAUGCCAGAUAAACUUGCAAGAUUAGACCCAAGACUGUUUUGUAAGGCUCUUUUUAAAGCUUUGGGCUUAAAUGAAAUUGACUACAAGUUUGGGUUAACAAAAGUAUUUUUUAGACCUGGCAAGUUUGCAGAAUUUGAUCAGAUUAUGAAGUCUGACCCUGAUCAUUUAGCAGAAUUGGUUAAAAGAGUCAAUCACUGGCUUAUCUGCAGUCGCUGGAAGAAAGUUCAGUGGUGCUCACUCUCAGUCAUCAAAUUGAAAAACAAAAUAAAAUAUCGAGCUGAAGCCUGCAUUGAAAUGCAGAAAACUAUUCGAAUGUGGCUUUGCAAAAGGAGACACAGACCUCGCAUCGAUGGCCUGAUUAAGGUGGGCACACUGAAAAAACGACUUGAUAAAUUUAAUGAAGUAGUAAGUGCAUUGAAAGAUGGAAAGCCAGAGGUGAAUAAACAGGUCAAGGACCUUGAAAUUUCUAUUGAUGCUUCAAUGGCCAAAAUUAAGUCCACUAUGAUGACGAGGGAACAAAUACAGGGAGAAUAUGAUGCACUAGUUAAAAGCUCAGAGGAACUUCUUAGUGCAUUACAGAGAAAAAAACAGCAGGAAGAGGAAGCAGAAAGGCUGAGGCGUAUUCAAGAAGAAAUGGAAAAAGAAAGAAAAAGACGUGAAGAAGAUGAACAACGUCGAAGAAAGGAAGAGGAGGAAAGGCGGAUGAAACUUGAGAUGGAAGCAAAGAGAAAGCAAGAAGAAGAAGAGAGAAAGAAAAGGGAAGAUGAUGAAAAACGUAUUCAGGCUGAAGUGGAGGAGCAGUUGGCCCGACAGCGGGAGGAGGAGAGCCAGCAGCAGGCGGUUCUGGAGCAGGAGCGCCGGGACCGCGAGCUGGCCCUGCGGAUAGCACGGAGUGAAGCCGAGCUCAUCAGCGACGAGGCCCAGGCCGACCUGACCCUCCGGAGCUCGGGUUCCUGUCCAGUAACUCCUAAAAUCGAUGGAGCAAGACCCAAAAUGACACCGGAACAAAUGGAGAAAGAAAUGUCAGAAUUUCUGAGUAGAGGUCCUGCUGUACAAGCCACCAAGGCAGCUGCUGGUACCAAGAAAUAUGAUCUCAGUAAAUGGAAAUAUGCAGAACUACGUGAUACCAUCAAUACUUCUUGUGAUAUUGAGCUCCUGGCAGCUUGCAGAGAAGAAUUUCACAGGAGACUAAAAGUGUAUCAUGCGUGGAAAUCAAAGAAUAAGAAGAGAAAUACUGAAACAGAGCAACGUGCUCCAAAGUCUGUUACUGAUUAUGAUUUUGCACCAUUUUUGAACAAUUCACCUCAGCAGAACCCAGCGUCUCAGCUUCCUGCCAGGCAGCAGGAGAUCGAAAUGAACCGACAGCAACGCUUCUUCCGCAUCCCAUUCAUCCGCCCUGCGGACCAGUACAAAGACCCGCAGAAUAAGAAAAAAGGCUGGUGGUAUGCCCAUUUCGAUGGACCGUGGAUUGCCCGGCAAAUGGAACUCCAUCCUGACAAGCCACCCAUCCUUCUUGUGGCUGGUAAGGAUGACAUGGAGAUGUGUGAGCUGAAUCUGGAAGAGACAGGCCUGACUCGAAAGCGUGGUGCUGAGAUUUUGCCAAGACAGUUUGAAGAAAUUUGGGAACGCUGUGGAGGCAUCCAGUACCUCCAGAGUGCGAUUGAGAGCAGGCAGGCUAGGCCCACGUAUGCAACGGCCAUGCUGCAGAAUCUGUUAAAGUAGAUGUGGCAGCCUUACCUGCACUGGGAACGCGUGCUGUGGUUCUAGGUAGGGUGUGUGCCCCAGAGAUCCAACCAUUCCAUGAUCAUGUUAGAACUACUUAUACAAAGUGAACAGAUUUUAGUAAUCAUGGCUUUUUGUUAAUUUCAGGUCAAUGCUGGUAGUGAAUUGGGGACUUAAACAUUAUUUUCCUGUAUCCAGCUGUAACUGUUAAACGUCUCCUCAUUCUAAUACUUGUGAACACUUGGACAGAUUCUGACAUUUCUCAUUCUUUGCCAGUAGACUACCUUGAAGUCCAUCAUAAUUGUUCUCUAGGAAAAGAAAAUUUUUAAAAACUCAAAAUACUUGCUUUUGCAAGGAUGGCACAGAACCAUAUAGCUGGAAUAAUGAAACCUUAGCCUAAAGUUUCUUACAAAAGUUAAGGCACUUAAAAUAAUCAAGGCACUGAUGUUUUGAUCUGAAAAGCUGUGUAACUUUUAAAAUUUACUUUUUCAGAAAUUCAUGGAAAUUUGCAUUGAAGGUGGACAUUUUUAUUUCCCCCCCUCCUUUGUGCUGUGUCUUAAUUUGAGUAAAGCAAUUCACCCAAACUUCUAGAAUUCCAGAAAGAGCCUGAAUGUAUUUGAUGUACUCUGUGAUAAAGAAGGUACUCACAGUAUCAUGCACAGAUUUAUUUUUCUUUUCUAUCACAUUGUGUCGCUAUAGAAAAAUAUUUUCUUCUAUUCCAUGGACAAAUAAAGGAAAUUCAGACCAUUUAAAUGCUUAAAGUUUUGAGAUAACUUGUUUCAUUUAGAAAAGGAAAUAGGUUUUCCGUGGCACUGUGGCUUAACUGGACUGAAUGCAGAUAUUCUUUCAAUUUCAUCUCAGUUGCAAUUUUUGUAUCAGAAUCUUGUCCAAGUUGUUUCAUAUGAUUUAGACUAGUGUUCUGCUGCAAAACAUCUUUGUUUUUAAAAAAUUCCUAGUGUCUUUUUUGGCCUUCAGAUUUUGGUAAUUGUGAGCUGUUUUAUAAGUUUUGUGAUUCAGAAGUCCAAUACUUAGCAAGUAAUUGCUUAUUUCAUGUAACUGAUAAUUUUUUUCUUUGUGUGGUGUUAGUUUUGAUCAAAUGUCAGCAGUUUCAAGCCUAAUAUUUAUGACUUCAUGUUAGGAAUUUGGAGACAAAGCUACAUCAAGGAGUCAUGUUGACAUAAUCCUAAUGAGUCUUGUUUGUAUUUUAGAAUAAAAUUAGAAAAAUAAAAUUAUUCUUUGCACUUUUUCUCCCUGAUUUUUAAAGACCUUAACCUUUGAAAUGGGUUUCCAAUGAUUUUUUUUUUCCUAGAGAGUACCUCAGUUAGGAAAAUAUUUCCCAGCUGAUUAGAUUAGUGCUUUUGAGCCACAGACACUGUUUUCAGAAUUGCUUCUUUCAUAAUAUGUGUCUUAGUACAGAAGUAUUUAUUUAUUAUGAUACUGUGCAAAUGAUUGUCUCCUGUUAAAGAAAUUAAAUGGUCCUGUCUGUGCUAUUGAGAAUGUGAAUAUGAUUAUCUUUUGAAGGCUGUAUUACUGCAGAGAUUCACCCACCCUUGGGUCAUUUGAUCCCUGUGAUUGGUGACAGAAGGUCUGGUUACUGAAAAUAAAUGACCUAUUCUCUCUUCUCAUCA